AUGUCUGAAAGGAAAUUGAUCACCAAAAUUGACCUGAGGGUGAUCCCCGUCCUAUCGGUGCUCUAUUUGCUGGCUUUCCUCGACCGGACCAAUGUCGCGAACGCCGCCAUCUUUGGCCUGCAGAAAGAUCUCGGUCUGAGUGCCACACAGUACUCGACCGCCUUGACCGUCUUCUUUGUACCAUACAUCAUCUUUGAAAUCCCCUCAAACCUCAUCUUGAAGCGCCUGAGGCCGCAUGUUUGGCUUUCUAUCUGUAUGUUUGGUUUCGGCUUGGUCACAGUCUGCCAAGGGCUCGUUCAAGGCUAUGGCGGCCUUAUCACGACACGAUUCUUCCUCGGCCUCUUCGAAGCAGGCAUGUUUCCUGGUUCAUUCUACCUGAUCGGGAUGUGGUAUAAACGAAGCGAAGCGCAAAAGAGAUACACUUUCUUCUUCGCCAGUACGACUCUCGCAGGCGCUUUUGGCGGUCUCUUGGCCUCGGCCAUCGGCAAGAUGGACGGCCUUCGUGGCUAUCUUGGAUGGAGAUGGGUUUUUAUCAUCGAAGGGUCUUUCACCUGUCUUAUCGGUAUCAUCUGGUUUUUCUUGAUCCCGGACUUCGUGGAAGAUGCAAAGUGGCUUACUGAGCCCGAGCGAGAGUAUGUCAAACAACGGCUCCGGGAUGAUCAGGGCAAAUCGGCCAUUGAACGACGGAUCACGACCAAAGACAUCCUAAACUGCUUCAAGGACUACAAAGUCUUCCUGGGUGGCUUGAUGUACUUUGGUCUCAUUGUCCCAGCUUAUGGUUACGCCUAUUUUGCACCCACUAUCAUCAAAUCCUAUGGUUACAGCAACAUCGGCACUCAGUUGCACUCAGUUCCACCCUGGGCAGCGGCCUUUGGAUUUUCCAUGUUGAUUGCAGUUUUUUCCGACCGUCUGCGCCAUCGAUUUCUCUUCGCCAUCAUCCCCAUUUGUAUCGCCGUGGCGGGAUUCGCGAUCCUCAUGACCGUGCAUGACAACCACCACACCGAAUACGGUGCUCUCUUCUUGGUCACGUCCGGAUGCUACGCUGCAAUGCCUAUCAUUGUUUGCUGGUUCACGAUGAACUUGGGUGGACAUCAUAGACGUUCGGUGGGCACCGCAUGGCAGGUAGGCUUUGGAAACAUUGGCGGUAUCAUUGCCAGCUACAGUUUCGAGGCUGCGGAUGCGAAAUCAUUCUUCCACAAGGGAUACAGCAUCUCUUUGGCAUUCAUCUCCCUGAGUGCCGUCAGCUGUGUCCUGUACUUAUUGGCUUGCAUGAGUCAAAAUCGGAGCAGGGCGAAGACUCCUGACGUUGGCAUUACAGAGUAUGAGAAGGUCGAGCUGGGCGACAUGAACCCAGACUACCGCUACAUGUUAUAA